AUGAAAUCCUCCAGGAUGAUGAGUUCUAAUCCUGAGGAAGACCCUCUGGACACAUUUCUCCAGUAUAUUGAGGAUAUGGGGAUGAAGGCCUAUGACGGAUUGGUUAUUCAGAAUGCAUCAGACAUUGCUCGAGAAAAUGAUCGCUUGAGAAAUGAAACAAACCUGGCCUACUUGAAGGAAAAGAAUGAAAAACGCCGAAGACAAGAAGAAGCAAUAAAACGCAUAGGUGGAGAAGUAGGGCGAGGCCACGAAGGAACUUACGUGGGCAAACACUUCCGCAUGGGAUUCAUGACGAUGCCCGCUCCUCAGGACAGGCUGCCCCAUCCUUGCUCCAGUGGCUUCUCUGUGAGGUCGCAGUCGCUGCACUCGGUCGGGGGCACAGACGAUGACAGCAGCUGUAGCUCCCGGAGACAACCACCCCCGAAGCCCAAGCGGGACCCCAGCACCAAGCUGAGCACGUCGUCCGAGACGGUCAACAGCACGGCGGCCAGUAAGAGCGGGAAAGGCCCCGAGCGGAACGAAGUGUCAGCCAAACCAAGACCCCACAGUGAUGAAUAUUCAAAGAAGGUUCCUCCUCCAAAACCAAAACGGAAUCCAGACACUCAGCUCAGCGCAUCUUUUGACGAAACGUAUAUCAAGAAGCACGUGCCCCGGAGGACCUCACUCCCUCGGGACUCCUCCCUCUCCCAGGUCAGCAGCCCCUCAGGGGACCCCGAGGAGGAGGAACCCGUGUACAUUGAGAUGGUGGGGAACAUCCUCAGAGACUUCCGGAAAGACGAUGACGACCAGAGUGAGGCCGUCUACGAAGAAAUGAAAUACCCCAUUUUUGACGACUUAGGCCAAGACUCAAAGUGUGACCUUGACCAUCACAGUUGUUCUUCGCAGUGUGCUACUCCCACGGUGCCUGACUUGGACUUGGCCAAGUCCUCAGUGCCAUGUACCCCAAAGGGUUUGCUCUGUGACAUCCCUCCGCCCUUUCCCAACCUGCUUUCUCAUAGACCCCCGCUGCUGGUGUUCCCCCCGGCCCCUGUGCAGUGCUCCCCCAACUCUGACGAGUCUCCGCUCACCCCCCUGGAGGUCACAAAGCUUCCUGUGCUGGAAAACGUGUCUUAUAUGAAACAGCAGGCCGGGGCGUCGCCAUCCUCCUUGCCGUCUCAGCCCUCCGGCCACCCUAAACUGGAGAAAGACCAGGCCGGAGCCCUGGGACCCGUUCCUGCGGCCUCGGUUCUCUCCUCGUCCCCUCCCCCGCCUUCCACUCUAUACCGAACGCAGUCUCCCCACGGCUACCCCAAAAGUCACUCCGCCUCCCCGUCACCCGUCAGCAUGGGCAGGUCCCUGACCCCGCUCAGCCUCAAAAGGCCCCCGCCCUACGACGCCGUGCAUUCAGGCAGCCUCUCCAGGAGCUCUCCAUCAGUGCCUCAUUUGACCCCCAGACCGGUGUCGCAAGAUGGGAGCAAGAUGGUCAAUGCCUCGGUCAGUACCUACGGGUCGGCUCCGAGCGGCUCCCGGUCCAGAACUCCCACGAGUCCUUUGGAAGAACUAACCAGCCUCUUUACCUCGGGACGCAGCCUGCUGAGGAAGUCGUCCAGCGGCCGCCGCCCUAAAGAACCUGCCGAAAAAUCAACAGAGGAGCUGAAAGUUCGGAGCCACAGCACGGAACCAAUACCAAAGUUGGACAGCAAAGAGAGAGGACAUCAUGGGGCAUCUUCCUCCAGAGAGCCGAUCAAAGCUCAGGAAUGGGACGGAACACCUGGGCCACCUGUGGUCACCAGUAGACUGGGAAGAUGCUCUGUGAGCCCCACCUUGCUAGCAGGAAACCACAGCUCGGAACCGAAAGUAAGCUGCAAACUAGGCCGGUCCGCGUCCACAUCAGGUGUGCCCCCUCCAUCCGUUACUCCUCUCAGGCAAGCCAGUGACCUGCAACAGAGCCAGGUGGCAUGCAUGCAGUGGUUUCAUGGAGACCAUACAAUGCUUGAGAUGAUUGAGAAAAAACGUUGCUUGUGCAAGGAAAUAAAAGCUAGACAGAAAACGGAAAAGGGCCUUUGCAAACAGGAUAGCAUGCCUAUCCUACCCAGCUGGAAGAAGAAUGCAGGUACAAAGAAGUACAGCCCUCCACCCUAUUCUAAACAGCAAACGGUAUUCUGGGACACUGCCAUAUGA